GAUGUGUCUCUGAAAUCGAAGCUUUCGCAUUUGGCACGAGGAUCAGUAAUGGCUCUCGAGGCAUGGUUUAUGGAUGAUAGCAAUGAAGAUCAGAGACUUCCUCAUCAUCGUAACCCGAAAGAGCUCCUCAAUGUGAAUUACUUGGCAGAGCUGGGAGUGUUAUACUGGAAGUUGAACCCUGAGAACUACGAGGAUGAUUUGGAACUGAGGAAGAUUAGAGAAGCAAGGGGUUACGAUUACAUGGAUUUGCUGGAUCUGUGUCCAGAGAAAGUGACUAACUAUGAGGAGAAGCUGAAGAAUUUUUUCACAGAACACAUCCACAAGGACGAAGAGAUUCGUUACUGCCUAGCGGGAAGUGGCUACUUUGAUGUUAGGGACAAGGAUGACCGUUGGAUUCGAAUCUGGAUGAAACCGGGAGAUCUCAUUGUCCUUCCUGCCGGUAUCUACCACCGGUUCACACUCGACACAAGCAACUACAUCAAGCUAAUGAGGCUGUUCGUGGGAGAACCGGUUUGGACACCAUAUAACCGGCCGCAGGAAGAACAUCCGGUUAGGAAGGAGUAUAUAAAGAGCUUAGCACAGAAGUUUGGAGAAAGCAUCGAAGCUCAUUAAGAAGUUUUAUGUAAAUGCUUUUGUGGUGUAUUUGUAUGUAAUGUUUAUUCCUUACCAAUAAAAACAGAGGCUGGGGCUCCUUCCGAAUAGUUUGUGCUUGUAAGUUGUACUGCGAGAUAUGCUUUUUUUAUUACCUAAAAUAGAAAGUAUAUAGAUAAAGUUUUAACUUUUGAA